AUGCCGCUAUCGACAUUGGGACCUUCUGCAUAUAAUUCCUUGCCUGCAAACCAGAGCUUUACUGGGCCUACCCUGUCCCCUUGGUUCACACAGCCUCUAGACAUGCCGCCUAACACUGCGAAAUCCGGUGAUCCACGGGGAAGUUUUGAUCGCAGUGACAACAAGGCCCAUCGGGGCCAUGCAAAGCGGAUACGCAGAUCGCCAACAAACCUCAACAAAGAUGGCCAAGCUCCAUCAUAUAUAUACAACAACCGCUCCAAGGCGGAACUGCGUGGCUCCCAAGGCGCAGGCGUGCCCUCGGCCAGCAAAGCGGACUUCAUGUUGGCGCCUUCAAUUGAAGACACUGCAGCACCUGAGUGCGAGGGAAAUACCUCGAUAGACUUGGGAAUCGAACAGGCUUACGAUCUGCAAUUUAUACUAAAUGCAAAGGAGUAUCAUGAAAAGCUAGACAAACUUGAGCUGGAUACUGCGCUGUUCUGUGGACUUGAUCAGUUCCUCCCUUAUUUACCUGAUAGCGCUUUGGAAAAUUCAGGCCCCUAUUCAUCAUUUAUUGAAUGCGUGGAAGCGCUCAGAGGAUGCAUUAACGCAUUGAUUAAUCUCCAACGUGAGGGGUUCUGCGAUCGUACGUUUACCAUUUUGGUCGAAGAUCCUUCAAGACCAGAUGUCGCCGAAGCCGUUCAUGUUUCGUUGGAAGAAAUGGAAUUACUGGUCACUUCACUUUCUGCUAUGAGGACGUCAAGACGGGGAAACAAGACUACAGCACAUAUCCUGUCUCUAUCCCUUAUACGGAAACUACAGGGUCGCCAUGGAAGGAAGGACCAAGACCGCGAUGCAAUUCCACAAUUUGCAUCGCAUAAAUGGCUACCUUCUCUCCGCUUCUUAUGCACAGCGCUAUCGAUUGGCCUCGUGUCGUUCUCCGGCUCGCAUGCUUGUCGGUUUGAUUCAAUAUUUUGCAGCACGCCUUUGGACAAGAUCCCGGUAGGAUUUGGCUUGAAUUUCACACUUCGAAAACUGGCAUGCCUUGAGGAUUUUAUCGGCGGUCCUGCAUGGGUUCUCGGAAGAAACGAUCCGAUACCAUCACCAGACACCGGCAUGAAAGUAUCUUUAACAGUUCAAGAUUUUGAGCAUCUUUGGGGACCGGUAUGGCCGUUUGGUAGAACCCCAGAUAAAACGCCAAUUAUCAAGACCGAAAGGGGUUUCAUAGUCCCGCUUUCGUCCCAGAGUGAGCAUGAAAUGACCCACGAUCGCGUGCCGUAUGAGCUUGAAUUUCACUGGACGAAAGAGCUGCCGCAUUCUUUAGUGGCAAUUGAACGUCCGGAGAAUCUCUUGCUGAAUAGUGCAAGGCGGAUCUUGAUUGGCACUGCCACGGGCAAAGUUGGGCUCACUGUUAAUGACAAAUGCCAAACCCAAAUUGGUUUGAUACAACAACAAAUUGCCAGUCAACUACAGAUCCCAGGAGCAUACAGAGGACACUAUGUUGGAGAUGGCUACGAGGUCAACCUAGGUGGUGGUGAAUAUGUCACGGGAGGCAUCACCAAGAAAUGGAAGAAGAUCCCAGCACGGACACAGAAGAGCGCACUAAUCGAGAUUUGCGACAAGCCAAAUACUAGACUGAUGCCACUUUUGAAGCUCCAGGUAGGUCUCGAGAUCAGCGCAUGUACUGGGAAUGCUAGGAGAAUCUCCUUGUGGGAUGCUAUCUGCAUAUCACAGAAGAGAGGAACCAGAUCAAAAGAUGGUGUGGCCAACUCGUUGAAUCCAUGCGAGCACGGAAUUGGCGAUAUCAACUGUAUCAGCUCUUGCUGGGUCAAUGAAGAAAAUGAAGGGAUCGAUUGCCUCGGAAACAGAACCAAUGAACAGAAGGUAUUGAGUGGCUUGGAUGCCCGACGCAGAAUAAUCGACUGCAUCAAACUGUUUGAAUACACCGGAAUCGAUCAUGAUGGAAGUUUGCAGGCCUGGUGGCCCUUUACAGACACUCCCCUGACCUGUCGCAUAUCGCCAGUCACAACAAACGACGUUACCAACUGGUUUCGGCUGAUCAAGGAUACGCGAGACACAUCGGCCUUUCCUAUAGUUAGUCAACGCUGUUUUGAGAUUCGCGCACAUGGGAAUAUCCAGAAGUGCUCUAGACCAUGCAAGAACGGUCAUUCUCGAAUUGCACAAACAGGCCUAUCAACUCGAAUCAUGUUAGAUCCGCUAUGGCUACCAGCACGUGGUAGUAGGAAUCAGCAGCGGAAUAACCUGACAGCGAAGACUGGUCUCGUCCAGGGAACCAAGCUCAUGGUGGGUGAUACUCAUUUGACCAUUGAAACUGAAUGGAAAGGAGAGCAGCCAGUGGUGGUUGCAGCAAUCAGUACAAAUCCUUUGUACUAUAAGUUGGGAGUGGCUAGUCGACUACUGCUCGAAGGGAAAACUCCCAGGGCCCAGGAGCAGAUCAAUCAUGAUGUCACGACAGGAGUAUCAAUUCCAAUUAUUGUGUAUUAA